AUGGGAAAUAAACAGACCAUCUUUACAGCACAACAGCUAGAUGCUUAUCAGGACUGCACAUAUUUUACAAGAAAAGAAAUUCUCAGACUGUUCUAUCGUUAUCGGGAUUUGGCACCUCAGCUUGUUCCCCUUGACUACACCAACCACCCAGAUGUGAAGUUGCCAUAUGAACUGAUUGGCAGCAUGCCAGAGCUGAAGGACAACCCCUUUCGUCAGAGGAUCGCUGAGGUUUUCUCCGAGGACGGAGAGGGAAACAUGACUCUGGACGACUUCUUGGACAUGUUCUCAGUCCUGAGUGAGAUGGCACCACGUGACCUCAAGGCCUACUACGCUUUCAAGAUUUAUGAUUUCAACAAUGAUGACUUCAUCUGCAAAUCAGACUUGGAGAAGACGCUCAACAAGCUGACACGAAACGAGCUGACGGAGGACGAGGUGAGGAUGGUGUGUGAGAAGGUGAUCGACGAAGCCGACCUGGACAACGAUGGACAACUGUCACUGGAGGACUUCCAGCACAUGAUUGUGCGAGCGCCAGACUUCCUCAGCACCUUCCACAUAAGGAUAUAA